GAUUAACUCCGGUUGAUGGUACGGUAAAGUUCGCCCUAACGGUUUAGUAGCCAGCCACUAGCUCGUCGAAAGGCCAACGCAAAGCCAUCAAGCAGAGAUCAUCACUGCGUACCAAAUCAUUGAAAGUUUUCAUCUUCUCCCAUCGCACGGUGAAAUCGAGAACCGGGCACGCUUGACGACCUCAUCUCGCCGCGAUCUUUGCCUCUCUUCCUUUUAACACGAGAUUUGUUUUCCACGACUAAGGUAGGAUGUCGACUCCAGCGAGGAAGAGGUUGAUGAGGGAUUUCAAGAGGCUGCAGCAAGACCCACCUGCUGGUAUAAGCGGUGCUCCACAAGACAACAACAUCAUGCUCUGGAAUGCUGUCAUAUUCGGGCCUGAUGACACCCCAUGGGAUGGAGGUACUUUCAAACUCUCACUGCAGUUCUCUGAAGAUUAUCCUAAUAAACCGCCGACAGUUCGUUUUGUGUCACGGAUGUUCCAUCCAAAUAUUUAUGCUGAUGGGAGUAUUUGCUUGGACAUUCUCCAAAACCAGUGGAGUCCUAUAUAUGAUGUUGCUGCUAUUCUUACCUCCAUCCAGUCGUUGCUCUGUGACCCUAAUCCGAAUUCUCCUGCAAACUCGGAAGCUGCUCGGAUGUACAGCGAAAGCAAGCGUGAGUACAACAGAAGAGUGCGUGAUGUUGUGGAGCAAAGCUGGACUGCUGACUAGUAUUUUAGUUAGUUGUAAGCUUUUGUAAACUCCCUCCUACUACUCUCAAUGUCACACCAUUCAGCAACAGCUUUCAAGUUUCAACUUAUCUUUUGUGUUUUUUCCAAAACUCUUUAGUGAUUUGGAUGCUUUGAUUGGUUCUAUGAAACAACUUUGUACCAAACCUUCUGAAUUGUUCAUCUUUGUGUAUAUAUGUAUUAUAUAAGUUCCAAGUUGUUCACCUUUUCA